AUGGCUGAGGCCGCCGAGCCCAAGGAGGUCGCUCCGGGUUCCCAGGGGCAACCUGAAGAUGCGGCGGUCGAGGGAUCAGUAGGACCUGAGGCUGCAGACCCGGAGGGGCGGGAAGCGAGCGACGGAGCCGCAGAGGCGCCCGGGGACCAGGGGGCGGGCGCUGAGGCCACGGCCUCGGGGAAGGAGGAAGGAGGCUGCGGGCAGGACGGAGGCUUCGGGGGAGCGCAGGCGCAGGGCCCGCGGGCUGGCCCCGGGGGAGAGACGCCGGGCGGUGGCGGAGCCUGGGGGGAAGCGGAGGCUGCGGAGCGCGACCCGGAGGGCGCGGGGGUCCCGCAGGGAGCGGAGGAAGCGCCGGGCGCCCAGCAGGUGCCGGAGACCAGCUCGGGGCUGGACGCUCAGGGCGAGGCCCCUGCGGUCCUUGGGGACCAUCGCGGGGAGCCGGAGGAACCCCCGGCCCUCGAGGCGGGGGAAGAGGCAGAAUCCAGCCUGGAAGCGCAGGGGGGCGGCGCGCCAGGGUCGCAGAUCGGUACAGAAACCCAGGGGCCCGCAGGGGACAGCAUGGACACUGAGGCACCCGCAGGAGGGGCGCACGGGUCAGAAGGUGAGCCGCCGGGUGGAGGGGAAAGCGGCCCUAGGCUCCAGCCUGACGCGGUUGAGGUCGCAGCCCCAGAGAUCGGAGGGCACGACCCCGGGGAGGUGGCGGUCGCUGCAGUCGCAGAUGCCACGGGGGAAGCGGGAGCCCCGGGGACAGACGGGUCCGAGGAGGCAGCUACCGAGGAGGCGAGGGUAGACGCCCGCGAAAAUGGGGACCAGGGUGGGCUCCAGGAGGAGACCGGGGAGGAAGAAGCGAGGCCAGAAGCCGGGUUGAAGGGACCCUGUGAGGAGGAGGAGAUCCAGGAGAAGCCGUCCGACCGCAGCCCCGAGGAAGAGGAAGCCAAGUCCACCGCGCAGGAGGAGCCCCGGGCGGAGCUCAGCAACCACGUAGCCGAGGCGCCCAGCGCCCAGGGUGGAGAAGCGAUGGAGCGGGUGAGUGGCCGCAGGGAGAACGGCCCAGCAUCCGAGGAGGGGGACCCGGGACAGGAGCACGACAUCACCCUCUUCGUCAAGGCUGGUUAUGAUGGUGAGAGCAUUGGAAACUGCCCAUUUUCUCAGCGUCUCUUUAUGAUCCUCUGGCUAAAGGGUGUUAUAUUCAACGUGACAACAGUGGACCUGAAAAGGAAGCCUGCAGACCUUCAGAACCUGGCUCCUGGGACGAACCCUCCUUUCAUGACUUUUGAUGGAGAAGUCAAGACGGAUGUGAACAAAAUUGAGGAGUUCUUAGAGGAGAAGUUAGUUCCCCCAAGGUACCCUAAGCUUGGAACCCAACAUCCAGAAUCCAACUCAGCAGGAAAUGAUGUUUUUGCCAAAUUCUCAGCAUUUAUUAAAAAUACCAAGAAGGAUGCAAACGAGAUUUAUGAAAAGAACCUGCUCCGGGCCCUGAAGAAGCUGGACAGUUACUUAAACAGCCCGCUGCCAGAUGAAAUAGACGCUUACAGCACAGAGGAUGUCACUGUUUCCCAGAGGAAGUUUCUGGACGGGGAUGAGCUCACACUGGCCGACUGUAACCUCUUACCCAAGCUCCACAUCAUUAAGAUUGUGGCCAAAAAAUACCGAGAUUUUGAGUUUCCUUCCGAAAUGACUGGCCUCUGGAGGUACUUGAACAAUGCAUACGCCCGGGAUGAGUUCACUAACACGUGUCCGGCCGACCAGGAGAUUGAACACGCAUAUUCAGACACUGCCAAAAGGAUGAAGUGACACUAGGCUGCUGCCUUUUCCUCAGGCGACGGAGCGAGGCUCCCGGGUUCUGUGCGUCAUCCCUGAAGCAGCUUUUGCGAAAGAAUGCUGACUCUCUAAAUGCCUCUCCAGGAUGCCUUGCAAUCUGUCUACCCAGACGUCUGUCCUACAUCUCUUCUAUGCUAAUGUAUGUCUUUGAGGUUCAGUGGUCUGGUAAUCCACGUUUAGGGCAAUAGUGUUGUGUAACUUGAAAGCAAAUUGGAUUUGACCUAAGUCCUCUUGAGUUUAAAGAUAGUUCCCUUGAUAGUUUUCAUAAUCACGUAUAGCUUGGUUUUCUCCUCUUACACAUAUGGUUAGAAGGAAAAUGGUGUUUUAUACUUCUGAAAUACUUUAGAAAAGUGUUAGAGGGUAUGAAGAAGAAACUCAAAACCACCUAAAGUUUAUUCUGUAUAAAUUCGACAACGAACUGGUGACUAUUUCCAGAACCGUCCAUCUUUCACGGAUAUACGUCUGUGCAUACACAUCACAUAUAAUUUCAUUCAUCAGUGGUGUGGCGUUUGUGUAGGAGACUGCUGAAGGAACCUUUUGGCACCUUCAUGGUCAUCACAGAAGACUUGAAACUAAGGAGCCGCACAGGGACUGUGGGGGACUGUGGAGCCCCGUGGGACAGCAGGAACGAGGGUGAUAGGACAGGGGUGUCUUGCUUCUGCCCCAAAGAUACUGUAGCCUGUGAGUCCAGGAAGGGUGUGGAGGAGAAGCUCUGCCUUGGGGUCAGCUCCUUUUUCGGUACCUUCUCUUCUCCCUCCCCCGGAACAACUGUGCUGUUGGGGGACUCUUCCUGUGGGCCGAGGCUUGGAGAUUCUCCCUGCCUCCUGUCACGGUGUGAGCCUGUUUCCUGGUCAUGGCAGGCAGUCCUUCAGGGAGGAUGAUGUGCCCGAGGCUAGCUCAUUGGCGUCUACUUUCUAGCUCACCGCUCACCGCUGCUCUUUCUGUCUCAUUCUGAGGCCAGGCCCAGGGGCAGGCUGCUGGGCAGCAGCCUAAUCACGAAUGAGAAAACGUGAUUAGAUGUCCUGCAGGGCUUCUCAGGCUUGCCCCUCCACCGUGCCUUCUGCAGGAAACGUCUCCUGGAUGCUUGGCUGGAGUGGUGAGCGCUGGAACCCUUAUGCACACAUCUGCUCUAUGGGCAGUUUGGAGUAAGAUCCUGAGGUUGGUUGAAGAAUGUCUCCUAAGAAAACAGUCUAAUGUGGCGGUCGCUUCAUUUUCUUGUUCCUUAGAAGCUGUGGCUUCAGCCCAGUAAUCUGUUUUUUGUCACCUAAAGAAGGUUUUCAGGGUCAUGUCCAGUCCAUGUCACUGUGGUCCACAUCAUUUCACAUCUCCCUAGGGAUCGGCUUUUUAAACUCGCUUUUACAGUGUGACAUUCAUUCUUGGUAAAUGAGUCAACGAUCAUGUGUUAGAACUGUUAACCUUGUUCUUUUAGAUUUUAAAAUGAUCAUAAACUGUAUGCCUUUCAAAUUAAACACUUUGA